GAACUUAGUAGGACCAAGAUAUUAUGUCUUCUUUCAAAUCGAUUGCAAAGAAUAGCUUAUAUUUGUUUUUUUAUGGACUUUACUGAGUUUCGAUUAGUAUUUGAAUGACUCAGAUCGCUUUGAAGGUGACUCUGAAUGCUCGUGGGUUUCUAGUGAAAGCAUCACAUUGGCAAAGAAUUGGCGUGGAUGGUCUCAUUGUUCACCUGACGAUAACCUUCAGUCAGGUUUGUCACUUGAACACCAGUUGGUCACUUUUCACGUAAACUCCGUGAUUCCUAUGCUUUAUCCUUUAUGUUUAGCAUCAAGAAGCGUUUCUUCCCUAUCCGAUCUGUCUGCUCGAGUCUGUGCUCGUCAAAUGUCUUUUGUAGAGCUGGAACGAAAUUACCGCGAUAUAUCACGUUGGUUUUGGAAAUUAUGCAUCAGUGAAAUUCCUGUUGCGCAUUCAUUACCUGACAAAUUAUUUCUAAGCAUAGUAUAUUGGUGCUUUCCGGCUACAGCGGACGACAUUCGCUUGUAUAGUUGCCUCGCGAAUGGGAAUGCUGAUGAAUUCAAUCACGGUGGUAGUUUGUAUCAGACAGGAGCUGUGCGAGAUGUGGUUCAAAUUGGUAUGUUUAAGGAAAGCCAUGUUGGUCCCAUUUUGGAGAUCUCUUUCAUGUUUUGGUAUACUAUGUUGUCUUUUAUUUACUAUUUUUUUCAUGUAAGAUCAUUCUUUUUCAGAUGUAGGAUAGUCUCAUGUGAUUGCUCUUGUGCAUCCAAAUCGGCUUGGUGCCAGCACGUGGUCGCUGUUUGUUUGUAUAGGAUUCAUCAACCCAAUGAGGUACAAUUCAGGGUGACAAUUUGGGACUCUGUGAAUGAACUUUCAAUGGCUAAACUCAAAAAAUUUGCACAAUAUUUGGUAAACGAGCUUCCAAAAGAAUAUCUUCCUGUUGCACAACGAUUGCUUGAUCAGCUCAAGUGUUCAGAAUCAGAAAUAAAUCGGUCACCUGGUGCUCCAGAUCCGACUGAUGGAGGACACGAGAAGGUUCGCUUACACACGAGCAUACGUCGCUUGCUGAUUAAAUAUUGUGUUCCAGCUCCUACUGUGCACUGUGAUGUGCAGUAUCUCGGUACAGCGCAGCAUCCGAUUGCCGCCGAGUGGUUGACAAUAAUGAAGUCCUUGCGUGCAAGAGAACCAGAGGGUAUCUGGAAUUUAAUGGCCAUCGUGCGUGAGAUGUUUGCACGCCGAGAUGAAAACGCGGUGUCGUUACUGAGCAUUUUAACUGUUGAAUGUCUUGCCAAUUGUCAGGUUCUCCUUUGGUGGUACGUAACAAAACUUGUUCAAGGUGGAAAUUGGUUCCAACAAACAACAGUUAGUAGCCAAAUCAGCGCCCAACUAAACUGUGCUCAACUCUGUGAUGAGAUUGUUACUCUGUGGCGUUGUGCAGUGUUGAAUCCAAUGCUGUCCCCGCAGAACCGAAGGCAGUUCAUUGACUACCUAGUGUUUCUACAUUUGGUUUUCCUUAAUAUCACCCAUAUCAAUGUCGCGGCUUUAUUACUGAACUCAAUCCAAGAUGUAAAAGGCUGUUCUCUGUCUAUCAACAAUGCUCAUUUCGGGUUGCAGCAGUUCCCUGGAUUUCAUCCAUGUUUGCAGGUUUUGUUUGCUUAUUUUUUCUUGUAUAGUUUAUAG